AUGCCUUUAGAUGAUCCCGAGUUCAUCGGUCGUUUCAUCUCACUGAUCAACGGUAGUAAGGGCAUCGAUGAGUACAAAAAGUCUGAAGGUGCAAAGACCCCUCCUAAUGUUACCGGCGCUGGCGAGGAUCGCUCCCCUUCCUUAACAUCACCAGAGGUCCACCCCAAGCAAAGCCCGCACGUUAGCGGCCUGAGAGCUUCUUACAAUACGCCUAAAACAGUAGCAUCAAGCCCACGUCUAGGAGCCGCCAACACUCAUAACGAAGACGUUGCCGAGGCUUUCGCCGCCUACGUGAACAGCGUGGAAACCCGUCCUUUGAGCGAGUCCAUAUGGGCUCCGGCAAACGUACGUCACCGAUCCGGUGGACCUUCGACCCUCGGUGGUGCUGCACAUUCUAAAGUCCUCAUCCCCGUCAAAGCCGUCGAACCCAAUCCGGCAAUCAAUGAGACUUUCGAUCGAAUGUCAUUCAGAGCAGCCGACGCCAAUCAGAAAAUGGGUGAGAAAUUGAUCGGCGACGGCCUCACACGAUCUGUUUUCUCCAAGGCACCCUCAACAAUGGUCAAUUCCGGAUCAUCAAUGCUCACUCAAGAAUCUAUCGUGACAGACAAGCUCCCGUUCGACCUCCAAACAGAGGGGGCAGAACCCCCUCACCUAAGCUCAACACAGAUUACCAGCCAAAAGCCCGUCACGAAUCCAGUUGCGACUACCGCAGUCGAGGAAGAUGACGAAACCCAUAACACCACUCACCUAAAAGCAACACGGGUUUCGGGCCUGAAGUCCGUCAUUAAUCCAUUUGUGACCCCAAAGCCCAGAACACCCCUCACCUGA